GGCUUCUAAGUAGUUACAAACCUCACCUAGUAGCUGCCCAGAGCAGCAGUAUUCCUUGUAGUUUUCCAGGUCUGCAGUUCCCAGUGGGAUCCAGAGCUGAUGCUGUUCUUCCCUCCAAAGAAACCCCUGUCAAAACUGGCACUGCUUGGUGAAGUGCCACAUUCAUGGGAAGAUUGGGAAGCUGUGCUCCAGGUGGCUGCUGUGGCUCUGAUGAAAAGCAAUAUGUGUAUGGAGGCUGGGCCUGGGCUUGGUGGUGCAUUACUGACACCCAAAGAGUGUCUUUGGAGGUUUUGACCAUCCUCUGUCGCUGCGAGAAUGUUGAGACGUCGGAGGGGGUCCCACUGUACGUAACAGGGGUUGCACAGGUGAAGAUAAUGACCGAGAAGGAGCUCCUGGCUGUGGCCUGUGAGCAGUUCUUGGGGAAGAAUGUGCAGGAUGUGAAGAACGUGGUCCUGCAGACACUGGAGGGACACCUGCGCUCCAUCCUAGGUACCCUGACAGUGGAGCAGAUCUACCAGGACAGGGACCAGUUUGCCAAGCUGGUGCGGGAGGUGGCAGCUCCUGAUGUGGGUCGCAUGGGGAUCGAGAUCCUGAGUUUCACCAUCAAGGAUGUCUAUGAUAAAGUGGAUUACCUGAGCUCCCUGGGGAAGACUCAGAUUGCAGCUGUCCAAAGGGAUGCAGACAUUGGAGUGGCAGAAGCCGAGCGGGAUGCUGGCAUUCGGGAGGCAGAGUGCAAGAAAGAAAUGCUGGAUGUCAAGUUCAUGGCAGAUACCAAAAUAGCAGAUUCCAAACGGGCUUUUGAGUUGCAGAAAGCUGCCUUCACUGAGGAGGUCAACAUUAAGACUGCAGAGGCCCAGCUGGCCUAUGAGCUCCAGAGCGCCCGGGAGCAGCAGAAGAUCCGUCAGGAGGAGAUCGAAAUCGAGGUGGUGGAGCGCAAGAAGCAGAUCGAGGUGGAGGAGAAGGAGGUGGCCCGGAUGGAGAAGGAGCUGAUGGCCACCGUGAAGCAGCCGGCCGAGGCCGAAGCCUAUCGCAUCCAGCAGAUCGCCGAGGGCGAGAAGGUGAAACAAAUCCUCCUUGCUCAGGCAGAGGCGGAAAAGAUCCGCAAGAUCGGAGAGGCCGAGGCUUUUGUGAUCGAGGCUGUUGGAAUGGCAGAGGCUGAGGGGUUGAAGCUGAAAGCAGAAGCGCUUCAGAAGUAUGGAGAAGCUGCCCAGCUGGCUCUAGUGCUGGAUGCACUGCCUGAGAUUGCUGCCAAAGUGUCUGCUCCCCUCUCCAAAGUGGAUGAGAUCGUUAUUCUCAAUGGAGAGAAAGGCAGCACCAUGUCCGAUGUGAACCGUCUCCUGGCUGAGGUCCCUGCUUCUGUGCGUGCCAUCACUGGUGUGGAUCUCACAAAGCUUCCUCUGUUCCAGAAAGCCACCAGAGCUUCUGUUCCAGAGGCCAAGGAAUGAGGCUGCCAACCCAAAGCUAGUGAAGAUCACUCCCUGUUAUGCACUCAGACAUCAACUGCCUUCGACACACAGGAAUUCCUUUUCUAUCAGACAAUCCAAGUUUCGUUUGUAACUGGUGCCUUAUUUUGUAGGGCCAGAAAGAUGCAUGUCCUGUCUGCUGCUCUUUUUA